AUGGUCUUCGCAGCCCGAACCUCCGUUCUCCGCGCCGCCCGCGCCCAAUUCACACCAUCCCGGGCCGCUUUCGCCUUCAACCAGUCUGCGCUCGCCCGGCUCCUCUCCACCCUCGCGGUCCUCGAACAGCGCGAUGGCAAGCUCCAGAGCUCGUCUGUUUCGGCUAUUUCCGCGGCUCUGAAGCUCGGUGGUCCUGUUACGGCGUUUGUGGCCGGUGCGGGCGUGAAGGGCACCUCCGCGGCCGAGGCGGCCAAGUACAAGGGUGUGGAGAAUGUUGUUGCGGUCGAGAACGAGGCCUACGAGAAGGGCCUCCCCGAGAACUACGCUCCCCUCCUCGUCGAGAACAUCAAGAAGGGCGAGUACACACACAUUAUCGCCGGCCACUCUGCCUUCGGCAAAAGUCUGCUCCCCCGCGUCGCUGCCCUCCUCGACGUCCAGCAAGUCUCUGAUAUUACUGCCAUCGAGAGCGAAGAUACAUUCGUCCGCCCCAUCUACGCCGGCAACGCCAUCCUAACCGUGCAAUCUACCGACCCCAUCAAAGUCAUCACAGUCCGCGGCACUGCCUUCCAAGACGCCGAUGCCACCGGCGGCUCUGCCUCGAUCACCGACGGUGCCGACCCUAACGCCCCCGCCCAAACCGAAUGGGUCUCCGAGGAGCUUUCCAAGUCCGAGCGCCCCGACCUCGCAACUGCCUCCCGCGUCGUUUCCGGUGGCCGCGGUCUCAAGUCCAAGGAGGAAUUCGACCGCCUCAUGAUCCCUCUCGCUGAUUCCCUGGGUGCCGCCAUCGGUGCCUCCCGCGCCGCUGUGGACUCCGGGUUCGCCGAUAACAGUCUGCAGGUUGGACAAACGGGUAAGAACGUCGCGCCCCAGCUGUAUCUGAGUGUGGGUAUUAGCGGUGCGAUUCAGCACUUGGCUGGUAUGAAGGACAGCAAGGUCAUCGCGGCGAUUAACAAGGAUGGUGAUGCGCCGAUCUUCCAGGUUGCGGACGUUGGCCUUGUUGGCGAUCUGUUUGAGAAGGUGCCUGAGUUGACGGAGAAGGUUAAGAGUGCUUAG